AUGGCGCCCCUCUGGAGUCGCAAACGCGACAUGCUGUACCUGUUCUUCUUUGCAACGCAUCUCCCGAUCAUCUUCAUGGUCGAUACGGUUCCUAUCCUCCCUGCCGCGCUGCAGACGGACCUGAUGCACCGCGUCCGCGACUUCUACGUGAACACGUACCACGACAAAUUCUUCGAGGCGCCCCAACCGGUCUGGUUCACGGCCUUUAUCUGGAUGGAGCUGUUGUAUCAUGCUCCCUUGAGCCUGUGGGCUGUGGGCGCGUUGAUCAGAGAUGACCCUAUGGUCCCCGUUCAUCUCCUGGUUUUCGGCAUGCAAUCCUUCGUCACGACAGUGGCCUGUCUAGCGGAAGUCUGGAGCUGGACCGACCGCUCCCUGGUCGAAAAACAGAACAUCACUAUGCUCUACGGCCCGUAUAUAGCUUUCGGGGGGCUUGUGGCGUUGGAUAUGUUCACCAGGCUGCGGAGACAGUUAUGCUUGAAGCCAAAGCAGGAGUAG